AUAUUUACUUGGAAUUCUUUACCCGAAUCUUUAAAAUCAAUACUUCCGCAAUAUUAUACAUAUUUAAUUAAAAACUUCAAUGAAUUUUCAUUAUUCCGGACUGUAGAAAACUUUGAAAUACCACAAUUUGAGUUGCAUGGAUUUGUAGAUUUUGAUAAUAAAGAAAAGGCACAUGAAUGGUUUUUAGCAUUUGAAUCGCAUUCGAAAACAACAAUGCCUCAAACAAAAGGUUAUACAAUCAAGGGGAAAAAAGUACUUUUUCGGGAAAAACGUCACUGUAUUCAUAGUAAUGAAGUGAAAAAAAAACAAGGCAAUCGUGAAACAAAACAUCCACAUUCAUCUCGGGCACGAAAUAUAAAUUGCAAUGCAAGCAUUCAUCUUAGAUUAGAAAAAUGGCGUCUUGAUCUUAGUCAUCCUUUGGAAAUUAAUAUUAAAUUUAUACACAAUCAUAUAAUUGAUUCUGCAGAAUCAUUGAGCUUUCGGCAUGUUAAAGAAGAAGUGCGUAACAAAUUUCUGGAAUUAUUUAAAGAUGGUCACUCUCCUAUUUCAGCAUUAUAUUCUCAUGAAGAUAAUCUUUAUCUUUUGGCCACAAAUGAUCAAGAAUUAUUAGAAUUACUUGCAGAUAGAGCAAAUAAUCCAGAUUAUAAUUAUAUCUAUAAACUUUUUCAGCAAUAUCGUGAAACAACAUUUGGAAAUUAUAAUGGUAAAGGAAUGUUUGAUCAUUUAACAGAAAUGAUAGAUAAUUAUAAUAAUUCGGGUAAUGGUAAAGCUAUAUUACAAAAAUAUGAUACAUAUACUGGAGAAGCAUUUAUUCUUUGUAUUGUAACUGGAUUAAUGUGCCGAGUACAUGAAAAAAUACCACAAACAGGCGAAUUAUGUUAUAUGGAUGCAUCAGCUUCAUUUGAACCUCUCAAUACAUCAAUUACUCUUUUAUAUACAAGUUGUAUGAUUGGAGCUCUUCCUCUCGGAUUAUUUAUAACUUCCGAUGAAUGUGAAAUUACAUUGGAAAAAGCG